AUGAUUGAAUUAGACAACAUUCUAUUAGGCGUGGAAGUUAAGGAUGGUACAACAGACACUUUAAAGUGGUUUCAAGAUUCGGAUGGAAUUUAUACGGUUAGUUCGGGUUAUGUAGCUUUCAAUAACAGUUGCAAUUAUAUCUUGUAUGCUGAUAGCAAAUUGAAGGUAGUGUCUCGCUUAUGGGAUUCAUUAGUUUCAUCUAAGAUUCUAGUCUUCGGUUGGCAUUGCAUAAUAGAUAGGAUAUCAACUAGAGAUAAUUUGAGUAGUUGGAGGAUUAUUACGAAUGAAAACGACAAAGUUUGUGUGUUUUGCUUUGGAAACGGCAGAUCAUUUGUUGUGGUUUUGGGAUUUAUUAGCCGACAGAGUGGACUAUAUGGUGUAAAAGAAACACAAUCAUCUUCAAGGCUGAAGCGGGUUGCGGGGUUAUCCUCUGUUAUAGAGCCCAGACUAAACAAAUUUAAUGAUGCUAAAUCUAUUCUCUUGGAUAUUUGCAUGAAGGAAGAUCGUCGGGUGGCAGGAAGAGUAGCGGUAGUUAUAUGUGCUUUGUGGAAUAAUAGAAAUAACUUCAUUUGGAAUAAUGAAAGAAACGAUUAUAUGCAGGUUAGUAUUCUAGCCUUCCACUCCUGGCAAGAUUGGUUUAAAGCUAAACAUGAACACCUACCCGAUAGUGGCGGUAAUCAGCACCAAUCAGGUUGGAGCCCUCCGAGAGUUGGGUGGUUAAAGUGUAAUGUGGAUGGUGGUUUCAAUCGCCUUAGGAAGACGACAAAUAGGGGUAUAGCUUGGGAUUACGGACUCUUUCCAACCGUAGAAGCAGAAGCCAUGGCCUUAAAGGAAGCUAUUCAGGCGGCCGUCCAAUUGCGGCUAUACCAGGUGCAGUUUGAAAGUGAUUCCCAAUUAGUGGUCCAAGCUAUCCAUGCUAGGAAAGAUGGUAAUUAUGAGUUUAGUCUAAUUAUUAAGUCAAUUAAAAGUCUUCUAGAUGCUUUUCCCAACUUUAAGGUAAAGUUUGUUAAUCGCCAAGCGAAUUUGGUUGUUCACUUGUUAGCUAGAGCGGUCAAUUCUUGGACUAGGCGUAGUUUUGUUGAUUUGAUUCCUCCUUGUAAUGAACAACAGUUAUUGAAUGAAAUGAAUUAA